GAUGUUUUACGCUGUAGUUCUAAUUUUAGUUCUACGAUAAUUGCCAAUCGCUAUGGAGACCCAAAGCGACAAUCUAAAGGCUCUUCUCGGCGUAAUCGCUCGAACUGAAGCUCUUGGAAAGACGGAAUCCAGUUGCGAAGGCGUUCGUGAUAUUGAGAAACUAAGAAUUCGUCUACCUGAUGGUACGAGACCGCGCCCCAAGCACACGUUUACUGACAACAUGAAAGUUCAGAUCUACGAACUCAAGAAAAGUCAGAGUGAGAAGGGGUCGAAUUCCUCUACCAUUAAAAGUGGCGCUGCGGUAAUGACACCUCAUGAAAUUGCAUUUACAUCAAGAGACGUCUAUAUGAGGGAGGAGACUGCCAAGGUUGAAUUGUCAUUAGAUGAGCGUAUAUGUAUCUACCCCGGACAGAAAUUCACAAUUUGUCAAAAUGGAUCCGUUCGCAAAGGUUACAUUAUUCAGGCGCUUCCAUCUAACACAGAAAAGACUCUGGCGGAAAAGCUGAUAGAAGAUUGUGAGUUCAUUACUGGCGAAAACCUAGCUGUUUUGAUUCCACGCGAAAUUCUAGCCAAGCUAGAAGCAGAACCUGACAGCUCGCAUCCGGACAGCGACAAUGUGCAGAGUAACGUUUGAGGAGAUAACACGAGUAUGUCUUUGUGGUGUUGUUCAUUAUUUGUUCCUUGAUGUAUUGAUAGCUGUAGACAUGGUACUAUGGAAGACGUAGUGUAGCAUAUUCUGUACGUUUCCUCACAUAUAUACC